AGUUUCAAUCUAUCAGAAAUACUGUUUACUGUCGUUCCCGGAAAUUUAAAAUGGAGGGUUUGGACUUUAGUCGGAAACAUACCAUUGAUAACAUUCCCUCUCGAAGAGGAAUAACAGAGUGCAACUACAAUGGGAAAGGUUGUAUUUUCACUAGAGGGAUCAAGACAAAUGUCAUAACCACAAAACGUCACAGUGACAGUGAUAUUCGCAUUCUGGUAAUACAACAGUCUGAAAUUUCACAACUUACUCAACAGUUAUCGAGGUUUAAUUAUGCUGAAAUACUUAUCCUCAAUCAAAUAUCUUUGGAUUUGUUGCCAAUCUGCAUUUGUUCUUUCAGCCACCUUUCGUUGUUGGAUAUUUCAAACAAUUGUCUAAGUAGUUUGCCUCAGGAUAUCGCUAACUUGACAUCACUUACGUUGCUGAAUGUUUCGAAAAAUCAUUUGGUGGAUAUCACUGCUAUAUGCGAGCUUUCACACCUACAGUCACUUGAUGUGACAGAAAAUCAGUUAACGGAACUCCCACGGUCAUUUUGGAAGCUUGGAGAGCUGAAGAAUUUUUCUUGUUCAUUCAACAAGAUUGCCUGUCUUCCAGAGGAAAUUGGGUGGUUAAAAUUUCUCACAGCUUUACGUAUAACGAAUAACAGACUUUCGACUCUUCCUCGCUCUUUCUCAAAUCUAACUGGCUUACUGCUUCUACAACUUGACGGAAAUGUUUUUGACCAUAUUCCUCUGCAAAUUUUUAGUUGUAUCUCUUUGUUAGAACUGAGUUUAUCUCAUAAUAUAAUAGAGGGUAGUAUUCCUGCUAAAAUAUGUUCACUGGUUAAUUUACGUACUUUGAAUUUAAGAUACAAUAGAGUCAUCGCGUUUCCAGCAGAAUUAGAACAACUAGCGUCUUUGAAGUACUUAGAUGUUAGUGGUAAUCUAGUGGAACCUACCACAAUUUCCUUCGGAAAGCUUAUUCGAAUUCAGCAAUUUUCUGCAUCGAAAUGUGGUUUAUCAAUUGUUCCGGACGAUCUUAGUUUGUGUUCAAAUCUUGUUAUUCUUGAUCUUAGCGAAAACAGAAUAGGGAAACUGGCCAACGAGAGUCUCAGUUUUCCUCAGUUAACUUCCUUGUGUCUAGCGUAUAAUAUUAUUUCCACUCUACCAUUUUCAAUAUGCGGACUCAAUAAUCUGGUAGUUUUGGAGUUACAGUUUAACAAAUUAAGUUCGCUUCCAGAGGACUUCGGGAGAUUGUCAUACACACUUCGCCAGUUAGAUCUUGGUCAUAACGAAUUUGAGGUUAUUCCUAUGUCCUUGUUCUGUGGCAGGAGCCGUUUGUCGUAUUUGUGUUUGGACGCCAAUCCUAUUUCAGAAGUUCCAAAUGAAAUAAGCAACCUAAAGGAACUUAUUCAUUUAUCUAUAUCAUAUUGCAGACGAUUGGAGUCUUUGCCUGAAGGCUUAGGAUUGUGUACGAAUCUUUGUACACUUAAAGUUUCCAAAAACAAGUUGUCCUCUCUCCCAAAAACUCUAUCUAAGUUGGAAUCACUUAAGUAUUUGGAUCUCUCAGAUAAUGACUUCAACCAUUUUCCGUUGGUUGUUUGCUCCAUACCAAGACUUCGUGUGCUUCUUUAUGAUCAAACAGAAGGCAGACCACUGAUACCUACGGAAUGUCCUAAUGGAUGGUAUAAGAGAAGCCUACUACUUUAUCCUGAGAUGAAUGACUCGUUUGAUUCAGAAUACGAAGAUUAUUCCGAGGAAAAUGCAGGAACUGUUUCACUGGUAAAUACUUUGUCAAAAACAUCUAUCAAAGGUUUGCCAUCAAUGAUUGGAAAUCUUAAACAUCUGGUUCAUUUAUCCCUUCAAUCAAAUGGGUUGUAUAUGUUACCUGACGUAUUUCAUAAUAUGAUGUUACGGCGACUAAAUGUCAGUCAUAAUCGUCUACAAUAUCUCCCUCCAAAUUUACACAGGUCCAAGUGUUUGACACAUUUAUACCUGCACAACAACAAUAUUGAUCACCUGGAUCAAAACAUUCGAAACUUGAAGACUUUAAAUAUAUUGACUCUUGACCAGAAUCCACUGUUGUGUCCUCCAGUAGAAGUUGGUGCAGAAAGGGUCUUUCCUGUGUACUCUUACUUAAGGAACUACAAAACGUUUGAUGCUAUUUAUUGCUUCUCAAAGUGAAACCAGUUUGCAAUAAAAGCUACUGACAAGACAGUAUUGAUUCCUAAUCACGAAAAAUUUACAUUUUGGUUUUUCCACAAUUGAUUUUUCACUUACCAUAUAGAAUUUAUAUUAAAGUCCCUGUGUGAAAUCCUUAUCAACAACUUUCCAAAAGAAAACACCCAUAUUCUACUUCGAAAAAUUGGUUUCUCUGAUUCUAUGAUUGAGUCCUUGGAAAAACAGUUUCCUGGAGGUCACAACCACAUUAAACGUUUGAAAGUUGCCUUUCAAGCUUGGACUGGCUUUUCUUUUGGGUAUGAAGAUCUAGGUUUAAAUAUAAAGUCUAGAGAAUCAUACUCUGAUCAACAGCUAACAGAUAGUAAGAAUUUUAACACAUCUGACAUACUUGCUGAACGAGAUAAGAAAUUAGUAGUGCAGAAUCAACCUCUGCAAUCUGAACUACAUAAUACAAAAAACUCUUUCAGCUCAAUUAAUGAAAUAUUCAAAGAGACAAAUUUGAAUUCAUAUAUCAAUUCGCACAGGCUUUUACAUAUUGUACAUUUAAUUGGUUUAGACGAGUUACAUUCAAAACUUAUGCAAUACUUACAACGUGCUCAGCAAGUACGAUUUUGAACUGUUCAAUUAAUUGAAUAAAUUAUACUUAUUCGACUAUUUUUUGUUACUUCAUUAUGUAUACUUUUUUUAAGAUAUCUUGUUUUCUUUGAAAUGAUUUCCUAUAAUAAUUUGUUUUAUUGCAAUACUUUUAAAAUGUAAUCUGUAAUUUAGAUAUAAAUUUACUUCCAGUUUUUC